ACGAUCUGGCCGGGGUGACUUGGUCAAUUUUUGACUUACUACACUAUGUAGAGUAGCUAUAUAGAGUUUGGCAGGGCGCCGGCGCCGAUCUCUAUAAAUAGCAGGUGCGACGCCGACAGCCGUUCGCAACGGACAAAAUAAUGACAAAGACAGUGCAAGUAUGAGGGGUGAUUGCGGGGGUGAGCGGCGCGCGGCAGUGGUUACGGACAGCAAGCGGCGCGGCGGUAGUAGUAAUGGAUAGUAGUCGCGGCGGUUAGUAGUAACGAGUAGGCUAUUCGUCAGCUCCGAUCCGGCCGCGACGACGAUCAAUCGAGCCGGCAAAGGGGUGACGCGAGGGACACUCCGAGGAUUCUCCAAAUUUUUUCGAAAAAAAAAAAAAAAACUCAGAUUCGCAUGAGUUGACACAACGCGAGUGACGUGAAGGAGUGAAGCCAACGACGAGCGAGCCGCUGUAAACGCUCGAGAAUUACCUUUUAAAGAUCAUCUAUAAAAAAGGGUUCUAUAAUUGCAUUUGAAAAUUCAUUCGCGAAAGGUCGCGAUGUCACAGGACACAAUUGUUUUUGAGAUUUGUAACGAGAUAUCCUGAUAUUUAAGAUAUACUUAGAUUUGAAUCGGCCUAAGCUAGGACGGUCAGCCAGGAGUGUGAGAAUUCAUUCGUAUCUUGACUAUGUGCCGGUAUUUCGUGGGGAUCAGAACAUUGAGAUCGUCGUCGCUGUCAUCAGUGAUCGAACACGGCGUCAUCGCGGCGAAACGCAAAACGUGACUCCGUUUAUACAGCUGGUCUAUCAGUUGAUUCAGCCGCUGAAAAUAAGAGAGAUCCAUAAUGGCUCUAGUAAUGUUACCAUGUGAUUUACCUUGGUGGCCGGCUGUGGUAAAACAAUUAGACAAAGCCGCCCUGGCAAAAAAUUCCGAGGAUCUAAUAGACGCGAUGCAACGAUUGCAUGACAUGUGCAAUAUAAGUCUCGAUCCCGAAGAGGACAUGCAGGAUACAGAUUUAUUUUCCAUGUUGGGGACUUUUCUAAAUAAAGAUCUCGAUCCUGUGGAAAGAGAACAGGUGUUUACGAAGACAAUACCGCGAAUGGUGGAAAGAGCGAAAGAUUUAAAACGCACUAAACCUCCGCAAGGCUUACACUUUAGUCUGCAGCAACAAGGUGACAGUGUCGAAUACAGUUACGCAUUCGUCUCUUCCUUAAUCGCAAAUGCAUUUUUUUCGACGUAUCCGAAGAGAACCACAAAGACACAUCCCACAUUGCGUGAUUUCAAUUUUACAAACUUUUUCAGACAUCUUUACAAAAACGCACAGAAAGCCAAACUCAAAAGUAUCUUUCAUUAUUAUAAUUAUCUCGAGACGGAACAUGCACUCGAUGGUCGUCUGAUAAUUUCAAGACAGGUGAUGACAUCUAAGCAAUGGCUGACAAUUGAAGAUUGGCUGGAAAGUAAUGUACCUUUAUGUCCGCUGAUGAUACGUCACGAGGGUCGGCUGGAAAGAAUUGAGAUGGAAUCCAAAGUGCUGCAAGUUUGUUUUGUGAACGCUAAGAUCGGUGGCGGUGUGCUCGAUGGUGAUAUCACACAGGAGACUAUACAUGUGGCGACGCAUCCGGAAAUGCUCGCCGCGAUAUUAUCUGUCGAGGCCUUAGAAGACAACGAAGUAUUGAUAAUCGAGGGUGUCAGGCACAUAUCGAGGAUAAAUGAUCCGCGGCACAAAGCGAUAUUCGAGAGUAUCUCGAAACCAAACAUGGUAACGGUCUGCUGCAUAGAUCCCGAGGACUAUUCGCGACUACCAUUGACACAAUUCGAGGAGGACAAUAUUCUGAGGGAGAUGAACAAGUCACUGUUGGGAUUUCGUCAAAGACAUGUGCCCAGUAGUCCCACAGAUCCAAUCAAGACAGAUCAUUCAGAUGUGGAGGUCGGCCUGAGUUCUCGCAGAUUAUCACCGAUCGGUGAGAGCUUUAGUAGUACCCCACCGGAAAUGGAGAGUGCGGAAAAAGUCUUUGCAGCGAGCAGUAAUUCCAAGAUAGAUAAGCAGCCUCCGCGCGACGAAUACCACAAAUUAGAGAGCACGAUGGAAGUGCGUAGCAGGCCUAACGGUAAAUCAAUGAGACCGCCGAGUCCUCACAAAGUGUGCAAGGAUGCGAGCUGCACGAACCGAAGGAAUAGAUUUAUCGUGUUAGGAUCCAGCGGGGAGGUUCUGCCGGUGACGCGACAGCUCGGUCAGAUGUCGGUCUAUAGCAGCUGCAACAGUCAGAGCACGGAUAGUUUUCAUAGCGCCAAGGAGACCAUCGACGAAGAACCUGAAGAAGAAGAGCAAAAGCUUAACAAACUAUAUAUUGCGCAAUUAGACACGCCUGAGAGAAGAGGAACUUUCGCGCAGCGACUGAAAGAUGCUCUGAAGCGAGAAAGCACGGCGACCGGCGGGAUGACUUCCUCAAACACAUCUUCCGGUGAGAGCAGUUACGCCGUUGGUAUAAGUGUUAGCGGUAGCCAUGUCGGCGAUCAAGAUAUCAAAAUACAAUGUUGCAGAGUGAAAAGAGGAGGAUCGAGAGGUUUCGUCUUGCGGGACGAGACGGUAGAUGAAGAGUUCCUGAAGGAAUCUCUAGAGGCCGAGCAAAAGUGGUUAGGCCGAUUUCGGCAAAGUCAGGGACCGAUGUUUCAAAGAAAAGACACGAGCGCAAGUAGCAAAUAUAGUUUCAGUACGGAAUAUAAUUCUGAUUUCUGUUCCGAACUGGAGGAGGUUUAUGAGCAAUUGUCAAAGUGGCUGGAGGAUCCAAUAGUGGCGGAUGAGAGCAGGGAACUGGAUGCGAGGGAUCGGGCGGUCGUACGAUUCGCUGGUUCACUUCUGAAACGUGCUCUAAGCGAAUCAUUCGCCGGUGUGCCACUUCAAGAAGGCGAACCGCAACCGUUCAUCGAUGCAAAUGACGUGAGCCAGCAACAUAAGUUGGCUUUGGCCGUGAGAAGUCUCAGCUUAGAACUCGCCCGACAAAAAAAUCGACGACAACAAUCAGUGAUUGAGUCCGAAGAUAUAGAUUACUAUGAGGACGCCUCGAGCGAGAUGAUAAGAGAAGGGAAGGACGCCCAACGUAGGAAACUUUGGGCCGUCACAUUCACGUCGGAAGUGUUCCAAACAUUGGUUGAUGAUCAAAUGACCGUAUGCUUAUCUACACCGCCAAUAUCUGAGUCGAAUCAAAUGACAAACAAAUGUGAGAUGCACGAAAUGAGCGUGCUCGGUAUCUCGGAGUUACCACAGGAAAACAGUCCUCAAGGAGGGGAUUUAUUGCCCAUAGCUACGGGCAAUUGGGGAUGCGGGACUAGAUUAAAAGGCGAUCCACAAUUAAAACUCGUAAUUCAAUGGCUCGCCUCUUCCCUGGCAGGAGCACCAAGAUUAAUUUAUUAUACUUCUGGCAAUCCCAGUUUAUCUAAGUUAGAUACCGUAAGCAGAGUUCUGAUGGACAGACGAUGGUCGGUGGGCGAUCUGGCUGCCGCGACGUUGAAAUAUGCCGGGCAAAUAAUCGAAGAACAGACAGAAGGAAGGAACAGUCUUUUUGAGGAAAUCAUCGGUAUGGACAAACCGAGUCCUUAGCCCGAUUCAAUGCUGUCCGUUUUGGUAGAUGUGCUGGCUACCAUGAUCGAGGACAGCUUGAGAGCCUAAUAUAUAAACAUGUUCUUCCGCGAGAGGAAUUCAUACAAAAGAAAAAAAAUAAACGGGUAUAUAUAUUUAA